CGGUGAGCACACCUAAAGGGAUUCUGCUCUAACAACCUGGUCUUCAAGGCUCCUGGAGUCUUCUUCUUGAUAAAGAGGCUCCUACUUAACCAGCACUGCCUGCAAACACACAUUUCUCUCUGGUAGCCAGAUCCCAAGCCAGACCUAAAAGAUGUCUUUCCAGUCAUCAUUCCUGGAUGGCAUGGUUGGGGUAGGGGAUAUGAUUCUUCUUGAUUCUCUGUCUGAGGAUUCCCUACUCCAGAACCUAAAGGAACGUUUCAAGCAUGAUGAGAUAUAUACAUAUAUAGGAAAUGUAGUCAUAUCCGUGAACCCCUACAAGCAACUCUCAAUCUUCACACCUGAGAAAGUGGAAGAAUACCGAAAUAGCAAAAUGUACCAGCUGAAGCCGCACAUCUAUGCAGUGGCUGAUGAUGCAUACCAGUCUUUGCGGGAUCGUGACAGGGACCAAUGUAUUCUAAUAACUGGGGAGAGCGGUGCUGGAAAAACUGAGGCCAGUAAAUUGGUGAUGUCAUAUGUGGCUGCUGUGUGCGGGAAGGGAGCAGAAGUCAAUCAAGUAAAGGAGCAGCUCUUACAAUCUAAUCCUGUUCUGGAGGCUUUUGGAAAUGCCAAAACCAUUCGAAAUGAUAACUCCUCCAGAUUUGGGAAAUACAUGGAUAUUGAGUUUGACUUUAAAGGUGAUCCUGUGGGAGGCGUGAUUAGUAAUUACCUCCUGGAGAAGUCUCGAGUGGUCAAUCAUGUCAAAGGAGAAAGAAGCUUCCAUAUCUUCUACCAAUUGCUGACUGGAGGAGGUGCUGAGCUGCUAGGACAACUGAAGUUGGCUCCAGACUGUAGCAAGUAUGUCUACCUGAACAAGGACACAAGCAGUUUAAAUGGCAUGAAUGAUGCUGGGAACUUUAAAACUGUUAAGGACGCCAUGAAGAUUAUUGGAUUUUCAGAUUCCGAGGUCACCUCAAUUCUGCAGAUUGUUGCAGUCGUUCUUAAGUUGGGAAAUAUCGAGGUAAAGGGACAGUUUCAGGCCAAUGGAAUGGCCUCCUGUUACUUCCCGGAUACCAAGGAUAUCAAGGAGAUCGGCUCGCUGAUCGGUCUUGAUGCGUCUACGUUGGAGAAUGCGUUGAGUGUCCGCACUGUAGAAGCUAAACAAGAGAGAGUGGUGACAACACUGAAUGCAGCUCAGGGAGCUUAUGCAAGAGAUGCCUUGGCUAAGAAUAUGUACGACCGGCUCUUCAGCUGGCUGGUUCAGAGGAUUAAUGAAAGUAUAAAGGUGUCUGAGUUCCAGGGGAAGAAGGUGAUGGGAGUGCUGGAUAUUUAUGGAUUUGAGAUCUUGGAGGAAAACAGCUUUGAGCAAUUUAUUAUUAAUUACUGUAAUGAAAAGCUACAGCAGAUCUUCAUCCAGAUGACUCUGAAAGAGGAGCAGGAAGAAUAUGACCGAGAGGGAAUUAAAUGGACCCGGGUUGAAUAUUUUGACAAUGAGAUUAUCUGUAACCUGAUAGAGAAUGGUACAAAUGGAAUACUAGCAGUACUGGAUGAAGAGUGUCUGCGCCCAGGAAAUGUCUCUGAUGUCACCUUCUUGACCAAGCUUGGAGUAAAGUUUAAAGACCACAAGCAUUUCAAGAGUAAGGCUACCCAGAAUGACAAACGUAUUAUGGAUGCAACUUUACCUGAUAAUUCUUUCCGAAUUGAGCACUAUGCUGGCCAGGUCACAUAUAACACAAAUGGGUUUUUGGACAAGAACAACGAUCUACUCUUCAGGGACCUUUCCCAGGCCAUGUGGAAGGCAAAGCACGAGCUGCUGAAAUCUCUUUUCCCAGAAGGCGAUCCAAAAAGUUCUUCUCUAAAACGGCCGCCCACCGUUGGCUUCCAGUUUAAAGGCUCGGUGUCAACACUUAUGAAGAACCUUUACUCUAAGAAUCCCAAUUAUAUCAGGUGUUUGAAGCCUAAUGGCACAAAGAAACCUUCCUUGUUUGAUGAUAGCCUUGUGAAGAUACAGGUCCGCUAUCUAGGGCUGCUGGAGAAUGUCAGGGUGCGCCGGGCUGGAUAUGCUUACAGACAAAAGUACAAGACUUUUCUGGAACGGUACAAGUUGCUGAGUAAGCAGACUUGGCCCUCUUGGAAAGGAGACCCACGGGACGGGGUGGAGGCAAUGUUAAAAGACCCACAAGUUAAUAUUGCAUCUGAUGAAAUUGCAUAUGGAAGAACAAAAAUAUUUAUCAGGACUCCAAGUGCACUUUUUGACUUGGAGGAAAUGCGCAGGCAGAAAUUGAAUGAGCUAGCCACUCUUAUACAGAAGGUGUUUCGUGGAUGGAAAUGUCGGACUCAGUUUUUGCUUAUGCGGAAAAGUCAGAUCAUCAUUUCUGCAUUUUACCGUGGCCACAGACAAAAGAAUAAGUAUCAGAAAGUACGGUUCUCUGCCUUACUCUUACAAGCCUAUAUCCGAGGCUGGAAGGCACGUGUGUUGCUGAGGAAAAUGAAAGUUCAAAAUCGCCAGUCGGAAGCCUCAUCCACUAUCUGUGCUUAUUGGAGGGGAUACAAAGUCAGAAAGGAAUACCGGAAAUAUUUCCGAUCCAGUGCAUCAAGAAAACUGGCCAACUUUAUCUACCUGAGGAUUCUCCAAAAGUAUUUCCUGGGACUGAAGAGCAACCUUCCAUCACUGUCUCCAACAAACAAAACCUGGGCGCCUCCCAAGUACAAGUUUCUCACUGGUGUAAAUCAGGAAUUAUCAAAAUUAUUCCAACUUUGGAAGUGCAAAAGAUACAGACAGACUAUAACCCCUCAACGCAAGGCAAUCCUCCAAGAUAAACUAACUGCCAGUGAACUAUUUAGCGGAAAAAAGAAGUCCUAUCCAGCCAGUGUUCCAAAACCAUUUCAAGGAGAUUCUGCAGGUGUACAGAAAAACCCCAAACUUCAAAAAUUGAUUGUUGCAGAUCAAGGAAGGAUAACGGUAGCGGCCAACGUGCAAAGAAUAAGCAAAACUGAUGGCAAGGGAACAGCCAUGAUAUUUUUACUAUCGAAAACACAGGUUUCUAUUGCCGAUACAAAAGGUCAGGUGAAGACAUUAGUAAAACUGGAUGAGAUUUCCGGAGUUUCUGUAAGCAAGUUCAGUGACGGCCUGUUUUUCAUCCAGCUGACUCAGACAUCCACACCAGGAGCCAAAGGAGGAGCAGCAGGAGAUCUUCUUCUAAUAAGUGACAAUGUCAUUGAGAUUGUGACAAAACUUCAUAAAGCUGUACUUGAAACAACACAAAAACCGUUAAAUCUUCAGAUUACGGAUGAGUUUUCGGUGAAGUUCAAGAAAGAUCCAGUGGUUGUUAAAAUAAUUGAAUCACCAGGACAAAACGGCAAAGGCCCCGUGUUCAAGAAAAAAGGAAGUCAAAGACUAGAAGUCUUUGUCUAAUGACCAGGUCUACAGGAACUUGCUUAUCCAGAAACUGCCUUCAUAAGAGGCAGAGGUCUUGACGUAAAUAUCUAAGGGUUACCACCGCUGGCUUCUUAGCAUCAUCCUGAGGAAAAUAAAUAAAAUAGGAGAAAUCAAUAAGGAACCCAUUGGGCCUCAUUUAUCAAAAUUGUUUAAGAAAAACUGUCCUUGUUGCCCAUAGAACCAAUCAGAGCUUGGUUUUCAUUUUAUGGGGCUGUGUAGUGAAUAAAAGCUGCACUGUGAUUGGUUGUUAUGGAUAAGAAGGCCAGUUUUUCUAUUAGGCAGUUUUGAUAAAUGAGGCUCACUGUAUCAGAAGAGGUUUUUCUGUUUCCUAAUUUAGGAUUACAUUCUGCUUUAUUAUGCACAUUGAGUUUAAUAUGAAAACUGACCAUAGCAACCAAUUUUAUUUCAUGUUUUUUUUUUAAAGCUACUAUUUGAUUGGUUACUACGGGUAAGGCCACAUUUCUCCAUAGACCUUGAUGUCAUGUAUUUCUAGUUACAGAAAACCCUCCAAUAACUUAUCUUGAAAUCAACGGCUGCAUAUACUCUACACCCCAUCUUAACUUUAUUGAAAACCAUAUCCUAUAAAUGUAUACAUUGAAUAUCAUUAAUGUACAUACACUCGUGAAUCAGAUAACAAUUUUCAGCACUAUGAAAUAAUAGUAUCACUUUGACUUAUUAUCACAUAAUUUGAUUCGAUUAAACCUGUUUAUCAGAGGCCCGAGCUACAGAGAUUGAAUAUGUGCAGAUAUGAACGGCUUUUCAUCAGACCCUGGGAAUUGCUAGUGACAAAUAAUUCUGACGGACCUCCCGGCCACAGCAGUGAAAAUUCUGGAACGUUUCAUUAUUGUUUUUAUGAAUCUUCUGGAAAACUCUGUAUAAAAUGUUCUGGAUAAAUUUGUUUUUGAGCAGACAAUUAUAUAGAUGAGAACAUCAUUGGGAGCAAUGUGAUUCUGAAUUAUUGGAUGAUGAAACACUGAAUGUACAAUUUGUCAAGAAAAUUAGCUUUUUGUCAAAAGUCCCAUGGAGAUUGAGAUGAUAUACAAGUAAUAAAACCUUGAAUGUGG